AUGGGUGAUGAAGAAGAUGUAGAUCUAGAAGAAGAGUUACAUUAUGCUUAUGAACAAAAUGAAAAGCUAAAAGGAAGGGUUUCAAAAUAUAAGACAAAAUUACAAGAGUCAAGCAAGCUCAUUGAAGACCUAAAAAUACAAUUAGAGGAAGCAAAGAAGAAUGAGGAAGAGAUAAAAGAUCAGCUUAAAAGUAAAGAGGAAGGAUGCAGUAAAUUAGAAUCAGAAAUCGUCUCCUUAAAACAAGACUUGGAGAAACUUAAAAAAUUUGAAGACAAUACCAAGAAAAUGGAUAAACUUCUCAAAACACGAAGACCUACUUUCAUUAAAUCAGGUCUAGGACGUAAAGAAGAUCAAAUAGCCAAAGCUACUAGUUCAAAACCCUUGGAUGAGUCAUGGAAGAUAGUAGAAAAUAGAAGAAGGAAGAAUGAUACUGAUAAAUCUCAUCCUCCCACUAAUGUGUUGAAAAUAUCCCACCUAAAGAAACCACAUAAUUUUAUUCCACGAAUUGGUGAUAUACAAUGGUCUAAGGAUACACCUGUUACAACCCAAAUUAAGAAUAGCAUAAAGGUUGUUGAACCAGGAGAAGAAGAAAUGGAGGAAAUGAGCUAUGAAGUGAGUUAUGACUUACUGAUCGGUUAUGCCAACAACCUCUUGGCAUCACCUAAGGACACUAAAAAUAAAAGAUUGGGCACUUAUCAAGAAAGGAUUGCACCAGCACAACCCAGUAGUGUGAAGGAGAAUAAGAAGAAAGAAGAUCAAGGAGCUUCUGUGUCUAUCGGUACAAGAAUAACAAAGAGUAUUCAAAUCAAAAAGGAACCGGUACCUAAGUUAUAUGCAAAGAAGCCCACUCUCACGAGGAAAAGAGGCAGAAAUCUCAUCCUUCAAGAGGAAUCCAAGGAAAUUGAACUUGAAGAAGAAUCAAAUAAGAUGAAGUUAAAGUACUAUCAAAAUAUGCCUGAUCAAACUGAUAUUGGAGCUCCACUGGAGCUGGACACUGAAGAAAUUAUUCCACUGGAUGAUAUUAUUGAUACAACCAGUAAUGACAUUGAACCAGUUAAGGAAAUAGAACAACAACUGGAUAUUGUUGGAGAACAAAUAGCAGAGGAAGCAUCGAUUACUAAACCAAGUGUGGACAUGCAACCACCACCGAGGGUAUACAAGGAUUCUGAAGCAGUUUUGGCUACCCCGGAGAUGAGCACUGUUGAUGCUACGGAAGGAUUUAUUGUACAGAUUUUGACACAUGCUGAGAUCACUAAAACACUAUUAGAAACAUGGGAUAAUGACCUUGAAUAG